UCACUCAGUAUCGUCUGAGCAUCCGAACGCGAUGGUCUAGUCAACUUCUACGCAUUUAUUUAUAUUCCUUUGUUUACUUACAUAAACAUUUACGUUUAUUGACUAUUUAAAACAAAAACAAGCGUCUUAAAAUGAGAUAUGUGAUAGUGUUUUGUGUGUCCCUGUGUUUUGUUUCUGUAUCGCAUCAGAAAUCUACGCCUGAAGAUGACAGCUAUGUGGCGGCCAUACUGGAGUACCAGUUCACGAGGAACACCACCCAGAACCUGCACAACUACCUGGACUACAUACGGCAGGCUGCAGAAAAAAAUGCCGACGUCCUAGUUUUUCCCGAAAUGACGCUGACAAGAGGAGACAAAAUCAAAGUGCCCAUACACGGUCUACUAAAGCAAUACCCUAUACCAGCGCUCCGGCCAGAUUUAUACAAUGAGAUCCUCGUAUCGCUGUCUGCAGCAGCCAGGCAGCACGAGAUAUACGUUCUGGUCAACUUGCAAGAGGAGAUGGACUGCCGCGACGCUCCCGGGGAGUACUGUCCUGAAGAGAAGACGUAUGUGUUCAACACUAAUGUGGUGUUUGACAGGACCGGAGCCAUUAUUGACAGAUACAGAAAGAUCAACUUAUUCGGCGAGUACACCCGGCACCCCGCGCUGCGGCCGGAGCUGGGCCUGUUCUCCACAGACUUCGGCGUCACCUUCGGCCACUUCAUCUGCUUCGACAUCAUGUUCCAAGUACCGGCCACGCAGGUGGUCCAGAAACACAACCUCACUGACGUGCUUUACAGCACCAUGUGGUUCUCUGAAAUGCCGUUUCUGACCGCUGUCCAAACGCAACAAGAAUAUGCCUACACAAUGAACAUCAACCUCAUCGGUGCCAAUGCCAAUAACGUAAAAGUGGCAACUGCAGGCUCGGGCAUUUAUUCAGGGAACGCCGGCGCCUUAGUUAGCGUCAUGCCGGGUGUUCCAUCUUCCCACCUACUUGUGGCCAGGGUGCCUAAAAAGCCAGGACAGGUGACGUACAAAUAUCAUGGUCCAAUCUUCGAUGACCCAAAGAACAACCAACUGUUUCUGAAUAAAGAUUUAACGUUGCCAGCUGAAAUCUCUCGAGAGUUGACACCUGGUUUCCAAGAAUUCACGCUAGCAGACAAAGGGGUGAGCUGCAGGUUCAGGGUUAAGACUAGGGUCAAUGCCCCUGAAGGUUCUCAAACGAUUCCGAAGUACCGAGCCUUUGUAAAAGACGGCGCUAACACUUACGCCAAGCGCCAUAUUGGUGUGGUCUACUGCGCGAUCGUAGCCUGCAAGGACGACACCGCUACCAGCUGUCCUUACAAGUUCAGCAAGGACGAGAUGUUCACAGAGUUUGAAGAGCUAGAGAUAAGCAUGACGACCUAUAGUUACCAACAUAACUCCACUUUGGACUGCGACAACGUGGUUUACUACCCAACAUCGUUGAGGAACAACAAAUUCCCGCUGCAACCACUCAACUAUACCUUUACCAAGUCACAAAAUGGCGCCGAACGACUUGACGUUUGCUCACAAAAUGGCGUCAACACAAAUGGCGGGAAUUUAUACAACGAUGUUCUGGAAAACAGCAAACUGGAAGACCUCUCUUACAAAUUGAACUCGGCACAAAAUGAAAUAGUUUCUUUUGGCAUUUGGGGCAGGUUGUAUAAUAGAGACGUAAACCCAGUGGAAAACGUAUCAGAGGAAGACGUAAAUAAUUACAUUGAAAUUGAAAAUGUAAUUUUUAAUGCAGCAGACAAAUACAGUACUGAUUAAGAUCUCCUUUCUUUACUUAUGUAGGUAAUAAAUUACAGAUGUAUCCGAACAAAUUAUCAUUACUUCGCUUAUUGCUAUUAUGUUAAGGUCUAGGUAACAGUUAGACCAUGCCAUGUUCGCAUAGUACCCUUAUUCAAUGACUAAUUAUCUAGGUGACAUUUAUUUUAAUACUCAUUAAACUCAUUAAAUUACUACAGCAUUAUUAUUUAAGGAAUAAAAUAAAUGGAAUAUCCAAAUUA